AUGGAGAAAAUCAAGCUGAGGUCGACAAAUUGGCGCGAAUUCAUCCCACCACAAGAUUGCCAACGAAGCAUCGAACUUGCCAAAUCAAACACAUACGAAUGGGCUGAUCACCGGUGUCGAGAGCCGUUCGUCAUUGGAUGGAGGAAAACCUGGGACCAGCUGUACAAUGAGCCUUACAAAGGGAUCACGACCGGCGGCCAAGUCAUUCCAGAUGUGCACCACCUAGCACCUGAAAGUGAAGACCUUGGAGCACCGACGGUUGACAUGAUAAAAGCAGCACAAAACAUAUUCUCGGCAGCCACCCCGCAACAAAGAAAAGCUUUGGUCCGAGAGAUUGAUGCAAACGAAUGGCGGGCCUGGAUUAAUCCGGAAAUUUACAUUUUUCGCCACGGUUUACGCUUGGAAGAGGUUUCCAACGAGAUGGUUGACGCAAUUCACGGCCUCAUGCGCGCAAGCUUGUCUAAAGAGGGAUACUACAAGGCAUAUGGCUGCAUGAGGAUUAAUCACUUCCUCGGCGAGGUAGUGAACGGAAAGGAGGUACUUAACGCCAACUCCUACAACUUCACCAUUUUUGGAACACCAUCUGAAACCGAGCCUUGGGGCUGGCAAAUGUUUGGACAUCAUUUAGAUAUCAAUUGUUUUGUGGUUGGGAAGCAGAUGGUCGUCACGCCGGUUUUUAUGGGUGCGGAACCUAAUGUUAUUGACGACGGGCCAUAUAAAGGGAUCGAACUCUUUACGGACCAGGAACAGACGGCUCUUAAGCUGAUCAACGCGAUGGACCAGGAAGGUAUCAAACGGGUACGAGUUUUUGAGGAGUUACAAGGUCCAGAAUAUCCUGGAUGGCGGUAUCACCAUGCAGAUCAACGGCAUCUGGGCGGCGCCUUCCAGGAUAACCGGGUGAUUCCAUACGAGGGCUCUAAAGUCACCACCUUCUCAAUUGCGGAACAAGAUCUAGUUCGCCAGCUGAUUGGUUUAAGUAUUAACUACCUCCCUGAAAGAGCCCUGGCUGCGAAGAUGAAGGAAAUCGAAGCGCAAUGGGAGGAAACAUAUUUCGCCUGGAUUGGGGCGUUCAAAAGAGAAAACGGCUUUUACUACAAAGUGCAUUCACCAGUAAUCAUGGUGGAGUUUGAUCACCAUUCAGGGGUAUUUCUGAACAAUGCGCUUGCUUUGCCGUUUCACAUCCAUACCUUGGUGAGAACUCCGAAUGGUAACGACUACGGGAAGGAAAUACUUCGUCAAUACCGUCAGAAUAAGGGAUCAGCGAAUAAUCAACAAGGGAUCUGA